AUGGUGGAAAGAGAGCAGGUUAGACCUCUAGCUCCGGCCUCCGAACGCCUCAGCAGCGACGAUGACGAGAACGUUUUGAACCAGAAAGCACUCCGCCGGAAAAAAUGCAUUCGGUGCUGCGGUUGCAUCGCCGCCCUUCUUCUCAUCCAAGCCGUCGUAGUAAUCAUACUGAUAUUCACCGUCUUCAAAGUCAAAGAUCCAAAAAUCAAACUCAACGGCGUCACCAUCGAUAAACUCGAGCUCGUCAGCGGCACAAAUAUUCCACGUCCCGGCACCAACAUGUCCCUGACCGCCGAUGUUUCUGUCAAGAACCCUAACUUCGCGUCGUUCAAGUACAAGAACACAACGACAGCGCUGUACUACUACGGAUCACAAAUCGGAGAAGCUAGAGGGCCGCCGGGGCAUGCGAAGGCUCACCGGACGAUGAGGAUGAAUAUAACGGUGGAUAUUAUGACUGACAAUCUGAUUUCGAACCCUAAUUUGCAGAGUGAUGCGAACUCUGGAAAGCUUAUUUUGACCAGCUACUCGAGAGUUGCUGGGAGGGUGAAUAUGUUGAAGCUGAUAAAGAAACAUGUGAUUGUGAAGAUGAAUUGCAGUAUGACUGUGAAUAUCACAAGCAGAGAGAUUUUGGAACAGAAGUGCAAGAGGAAAGUCAAGCUCUAG